UCUCGUUCUCUUUCCAGAUUUUUCCCUUUUCUCUUCUCUUUCCUUUUCCAGCAAACCCUCGAAACGCUCUCUGCCUUGCCCUUCCGCGGCUCCGUUCCUUCCUUCCGAUUUCUAGGGUUUGCCCCGUCGCCUCCGGUCAUCUCUGGGCCAGAAUAUUGUCCGGAUUCCGCCGGAACGUUGCCGGAUCUGCAUGAUCUCACGGUGUCGGCGUCGGAGGUUUGGUUCUUCUCGCUUCCGUCGCCCUCGGUCCGAUCCGGCGUGGCGUACGAUCGGGGGCGAUAGGGACCCUCCAAUCCUUUCUUGUUCUGAAGGCUAGGGCUUCUUUUCCUCUCUGGUUCUCCCUCUCGUCGUCGUCUUCGCUAUCUCCUUGUCCUUUCGCCCGUGGUUCUUCUCCGUUAGGUGCCUUUGUCUAGGGUUUUCUUUCUUGAUCUUUUCUUGGUUUUCUUUUUUCUUUUUUGUUAUUUUCCCCUUCUUUUCUUGCUUUCCUUUUUCCUUCCAAAUCUCGGUCCCGGGAUUUGUUCCGAUGGUGAACGCGGAGAAGCCGGGCGGGCAGAAGCAGUACGGCGUGACGAAGCCGAUAUCGGCCGCCGGACCGACGGAUGCAGACAUACAGAGGAGUUUGGAACUGGAGAAGUUUUUGGUCGAUUAUGCCUUAUAUGAGAGCAGAGAGGAGACAAUAAAGAGGGAGGAGGUUCUUGCUGAGCUGGACCAGAUUGUGAAGAGAUGGGUGAAGCAGUUGACACGUCAGAGGGGAUAUACAGAUCAGAUGGUGGAUGAUGCUAACGCCGUGAUAUUUACAUUUGGUUCUUAUCGUCUUGGGGUUCAUGGUCCUGGAUCUGAUAUUGACACCUUGUGUGUUGGUCCAUCUUACGUCAAUAGGGAGGAAGAUUUUUUUAUUAUUUUGCAUGAUAUUUUGGACGAAAUGGAUGAAGUGACUGAGCUGCAGCCCGUUCCAGAUGCUCAUGUUCCUGUAAUGAAGUUCAAGUUCCGGGGCAUAUCAAUUGAUCUGCUAUAUGCUAGCAUAUCUGUCUUGGUUGUGCCUGAGGACUUAGAUAUUUCUCACAGUUCUGUGUUGUACAACGUUGAUGAGCCAACAGUCCGAAGUCUCAAUGGUUGUCGAGUUGCAGACCAGAUACUUCGGCUUGUUCCAAAUGUUGAGCAUUUCCGUACAGCCCUGAGAUGCCUGAAGUUUUGGGCAAGAAGGCGUGGUGUAUAUUCAAAUGUCACAGGAUUUCUUGGUGGUGUAAAUUGGGCUCUCCUUGUAGCUCGUGUAUGCCAGCUUUAUCCAAAUGCAAAUCCUAGUAUGCUUGUGUCUCGGUUCUUCAGAGUUUAUACACAGUGGCGUUGGCCAAAUCCUGUCAUGCUGUGCUCCAUUGAGGAAGAUGAACUUGGGUUUCCUGUAUGGGAUCCACGUAAAAACCCUCGUGAUAGAACACACCACAUGCCAAUUAUAACUCCUGCAUAUCCUUGUAUGAAUUCUAGUUAUAAUGUCUCUACAAGCACUCUCCGUGUAAUGAUGGAGCAGUUUCAAACUGGUAACAAGAUCUGUGAGGAAAUUGAGUUGAAUAAGGCGAAUUGGGCUGCGCUGUUUGAGCAGUAUCUUUUUUUUGAGACAUACAAGAACUAUCUGCAAGUUGACAUCGUUGCAGCUGAUACUGAUGACCUUCGCUCCUGGAAGGGAUGGGUUGAGUCUCGCUUGCGGCAGCUUACUCUCAAGAUAGAGCGUGAUACAUAUGGGAUGCUGCAGUGCCAUCCUUAUCCUAACGAAUAUGUUGACAAAUCGAAGCAGUGUUCACAUUGUGCAUUCUUCAUGGGCUUGCAACGGACACAGGGGGUGCAAGUCCAAGAAGGCCAACAAUUUGAUAUACGUGGCACCGUCGACGAGUUUCGUCAUUCUGUCAACAUGUACAUGUUUUGGAAGCCGGGGAUGGAAAUAUACGUUUCUCAUGUCCGCAGAAAGCAGAUUCCUUCAUACGUUUUUCCUGAGGGAUACCGCAGACUGCGCUCAUCAAGGAUCACAAACCAGCACGAGAAACAUCCAGGAGAUGAUGCAUCUGAAGAAUGUAGCGAUGGCUCUCCUGAAGGACGGGUGAAGAGGAAGAAACAUCCUUCUACGCCUACAAGGAUGGGGAAAAGAUCUUCUCUUAGCCCAGAACGGUUGAAUGGUUAUUCAACUCCUGAUGGUGGUAAUAUCUCAGGUCCAUCUGAUCGGGGGAGCUCAGGAGAGGAGAGUAGAUCUGAUUCAGGUGGACACACUGAGGAGAAUGCUCAAAGUGGUGUCACGCAAGAAGUGCCUUCUGGGACACUGAUGGAGGACCCUCAGUUGCUUGGGAAUGCAGGUUUUCAGGACGGACUAGUGGAAGAGCUGGAGCCAAAUGUUGCUUUUGGUAUGGUUCUUCAGGCUCGUGGUGGAGUUAGCAACGAAUCUGUGCAGAAGCCGGUGAUCAGGCAUGUCUUUUCUGUUUUUGCACAAUCCUCUUUUUCUUUUUCAUGUUUUUAUACAAGGGAUCAUGGUUAUUUUAAUUUCUUUUUAUACUGCCGCAUCUCUUUGCUUUCAAUUCUCUUGUGCAGGUUGAGCUUAACGACGACGGCUUAGUUAUGGCUGCUGAGGACCAACAUGCGUAAGCUGCUGGAAAUCAUGUAAGAUUUCUUCAACUCUCCUUUUCUUCUUUUUCUCAAAGAGAAAAAAAAGUCAGAUAAAAGAUCAUUGAGAAGAAAAAAGGAAAUUUAUGAGUGAUAGAAGACGGGAUUUGGGCAAAAAGAGCAAAACUCAAGCCAAGUCCAGACAUGGUGGUGAGAUUCUUUUAAUAGCUGGCUUUUGACUUUCGUGUACAGGCGUGCUAGUGUAUGUAAUGUAUGAACUGGGUGGCCGACUGUGGGCACUUGGGGAAAAAAGGAACCGGUAAGUAUUUGGUUGUAUGGGCAGUGCCCUCAUGUAGUGCUCAGCUAAUUUGUGAGGCGAUGACACCCUUCCUUCGGGGAUUCGGAUGUGGGGGAGCCUGGUUCUCAUCUGUAGUUUUGGGUCGAUGUUUACAAUUUUCUUGAUCCUCUAGUGAUCUAGGAUUAGGUUAGAAUAUAGGUUUUUUUAAACUAGGAUUCUUUCUUCCACAUCAUUCUUCUCUCUCUCUUGCUUAAUCAAAUAUUGUACAUGGACAACUCAUCUUGUAAUACAGUGAUUGUUUGUCCUCUC